UCCUCCGCGUGUCCAACAGGGGGCGGAGCUCGGACAUUUUCGGCAUUAAUGGACUAACAUUAGGACACGCGAAGAAGAAGGUGGCGCCAUAGAGGAAGCAGAAGAAGAAGUGGACUGAGCUGAAGAAUAACGGCCUGACGCAGUUCGUGGGUGUCCGUCUGAAUUAGUGCUUCAAACCGUGAAGUAAUGGUUAACUGUGACGGACUUUGGAUGCUGCCGAGCAUAACUUCCACGCUGCUGUGCAAGGUCGGUGUUUUGAGCGCAGAUAUCAGGUAGUGAAGCGUCGCUCCGUCACUUUUAUCCCGUCGACCGGAAUGCCACGGCCGCCGAGCCGCUCCUCCGCUUAGCUUCCUCUAUGAUGAGCUCCGUUUACUGACGGACCAGCGCUGUGUGUUUUAAACGCCUUUUAAGCAUUUUAAAGUCAUGGCGAACGUCUUUCUGAAGUCGUUCGUACAGAUGUGUAAUUAUCUCCAGGACCCCCGCCUUGUAGCGAGGUUCCAGCACUUCUGCGGCAUCAGAGGGACAUUCCCGGACAGAACGGCCAAGCCGGAGCCGGACAGUGGACCCUCGGAGCUGCGGAGGAGGCUCCAGAGCUCGGAGGCUGGAGUCGGGAACGGAGCAGCCGGAGUUGCCGCCGCACCGCAGGUUAACGGGAUGCAGGGCGACGACACCGUCGGGCCCGACGCUCCAUCAGACACCGCCAGAGCCAAACCCCUCCGGAGGAACUCCCUAACCGGGGACGGGGGUCAGGAGUUCCUGGUCCACAACAAGUUCCUCUUCUACCUGUUCACUUUCGGGACUGAGCUGGGCAACGAGAUGUUCUUCAUCGUCUUCUUCCCCUUCCUCUUCUGGAACAUCGACGCCCUGGUCAGCCGCAGACUCAUCGUGGUCUGGGCCUGGAACCUGUUCGUGGGUCAGUCCACUAAGGACAUGGUGCGCUGGUCCCGGCCGGUCCCCCCGGUGGUGAAGGUGGAGGUCUUCUACAACUCCGAGUACAGCAUGCCCUCCACCCACGCCAUGACGGGCACAGCCAUCCCCUUCUGUCUGUUCAUGCUGACCUACGGACGGUGGCAGUACCCUUUCCUCUUCGGCUUCAGCGUGGCUCUUAGCUGGAGUGUCCUGGUCUGUGUCAGCCGGGUCUACAUGGGAAUGCAUUCUGUUCUGGAGGUGAUCACCGGCUUCCUGUACACCCUCCUCAUUCUCGCCUUCUUCCAGCCAAUCCUGGGCAAGAUCGACAACUACUACAUGACGGACCACUACGCCCCGCUAGUGAUUAUCGUGUCACACGUGAGCCUGGGACUCGUGGCUUUCUCUCUGGAUUCUUGGAGCACCUCUCGGGGCGACACGGCUCAGGCUCUGGGCACCGGGGCCGGAGCCGCUCUGGGCACCCACGCGAACUAUCAGCUGGGGCUCCUGCUGGACGCGCCGCUGUCCUCGCUUCCUCUGACGUUGCCCCCGCUGGGCGUCGGCAUGGUGCUGCGCUCCCUGCUGCGCUUCUUCAUCGGGGUCGCCGUCAUCCUCGUCACGAGAAUGGUCAUGAAAGCGGCGACUAUUCCGUUCCUGUGCCGACUGUUCGGGCUGCCCUCGGACGACGUGAGGCAGGCGAGGCAGCACAUGAGAGUCGAGCUGCCGUACCGUUACAUCGUCUACAGUGUUGUGGGUUUUGUUUGUGUCAGCUUUGUGCCUCUCCUCUUUAGGAUCUUAAACCUCGCCUAAGUGUUGUGUGCAAACUGUCAUGUCCUGCUGACGUGUAAACCGACGUGGUGAAGGCCGACGGCGCUCGGAAACGCGCUGCUUGUUUUGACACAAGACGAAGACUCGGUUUCUGCAUGAUAGAAGCAGUUUUAAAGGAUAUAUCCGAUGAUAUUAUAUAUUUUUAAAUUUAGUAAAUCCCAUCAGAAGACCAAAUCUAACAGUGAACUGAUCUUAACCCUCCUGUUGUCCUCAUUUACGGACACCAAAAAUAUUAUUUCCUUGUCUGAAAAAAAUUCCCGAAAUUUCUGAAAGUUUGCAAAACCUUCAGGAAGAAAAUUCCAAUAAUUCCUUAAAAGUUUCCCUUAAGUUUUAUUUUUUUUAAAUCCCCCAAAUUUGGCAAGAAAAUGAGUAGAAAUCUUCCAAAAAACCUAAAAACAUCUAAAGUGAUUACAUGCAUGUCAGUAAAACUUCUAUUAUUUUCUUUAAGAACAUUCACAUAAAAAUCAACCAAAAUCCAGCGAAAUUCGCUGGAUUUUGGUUGAUUUUUAUGUGAAUGUUCUUAAAGAAAUGUUUUUAACAUUCAAAGAUUUCCCCAAAAUGUUGAAAAUGUGGACAUCAGAAGUUUCACUGUGAAUUUUGUUUUUUUCCCCCCCACAUUUUCAAACUUUAAACCGGGUCAGUUUUGACCUGCAGGACAACAUGAGGGUUAAUUAUUGUUUCUGUUGCCAAAGCCUGAUGUAGCUUAUCCAAAAACUAUUUAAAAACAAAUAAAUGAGCAGCACUGGGUCAUCAGAAGUCUAAUUUAUUUCAGCCAAAUCCCACAUAGGCAAUUGUGCUGCUAUGAAUGCAUCACAAGUGUUUAUACAUCCAUCCAUCCAUUCUCUCUAUACACCACUUUUUCCUCACUAGGGUUGCGGGGGGUGCUGGAACCUAUCCCAGCUAUUUUUUGGACUGUGGGAGGAAGCCCACGCAUGCACAGGGAGAACAUGCAAACUCCAUGCAGAAAGCUCCCAGGCCCACCCCGGAAUUCGAACCGGGGAUCUUCUUGCUGCAAGGCGAAAGUGCUAACCACUACUCCACUGUGCAGCCCACAAGUGUUUAGUAUGUAUUAAUCUGUGGCUAAAAAAAAAAAAGUUCAGUGCACUCUUUUGGAUAAAAACUAUGGUGCCCACCUGUUUUUAGAAACGUCUUUUCUUUUUAUAGAUAAAUGAAAGUAUUUAUUUGCGUCCAGUUUUAAAGAUCUGACAGCUUCAAGCAGAGCGCUGGAGGUUGGAGAAGUAUUAAAACAGAUCAUGGCGUUGUCGGUUUUGGCCUUUUCAUGGGAUUUCUUGACCGAACACAUCGAGUAUCGCCUGCCUUAUCUUUUUAGAUCCACCUGUGGUCGACACAUUUAAGUGUUAAACUGGAACUCUGCGGAUAUUAAAUCUAUCGGAUGUACUGUAUUGAUGCUUGUAUUCAUCAAUAAGGAAUUUAUUGUACAUUUUCAUCAGAUUAUACAGUAACAUGUCAUUGAGGAGUUUCAUGCUCUAAAAAUAAACCAAGUCGCUUCACUUCUCAUCUGUUGCCGUGUUUAAAUCGAAAGCAGCCUGGAAGCAAUAAAAAUACUCAAAGUAUUUAAGGUGUCAGGAUAGUUGAGGACCUUUAUUUAAAUGCUGAAGACGUUUGUAACUUGAAGCAGGUCUGUUGUGUCGUGGCUGUUUUCUACAUUACCAUAGUCAGCAUUAUCUUGUCGCCUCUCUUUUGUAUAUUUUCUUGUGCCACAAAAUUGUUAAUUUGUAAUUUUGGCCCAAAUGUAAGUUAAGUGCUCUGUGGAAAUGGUCUUUUGAAGGUAGGGAAUUAAGAAAAACAAGUAUUUUUGAUAAAUUAUUUUACCAUUGUAACGAGCUGAAUUGUCGCUCUAGAAGAAAAGAUCUGAAUACAUAUUGUUUGUAUUUUAUUACUAUGAAUUCCAGAGACGUCACAGCGUUCCUGACAGUGUGUAAAAACAUUAGAACUUGUCCGAUUGUUGUAACUGUUUGUAAUCUGUUGUAUUGUUUUGAAAAUUAUUAACUGAAUUAUUGAAGUCGGAGUGUUAACGGCCCAACUUAUGAACAUCAUGAGAACUUCUAGGGCUAUUUAUAGGUCUGCUAUUGCCAUCAAUUAUCCCAUCUUUUUUUUCUGUUAUGCAAGAACUGUGCGAUUAAAAACAUAUGGAAACAAAAAAAUAAAAUGUUAACAAAA